CUGUUGGCAACGCAGAAAGUGACAUUUAAUAGUGCAAACAUGGCGUCGUGCAAUUAUUAACAUUUGAUUAGAUUGCUGUAAUUCUAAUUGGUUUUCAUGCAUUUAAAGUGUUUCAAUAUUGUUCAAAGUGUGACUAAAGUGCUUCUCAACAUUCGUAGAAUGUAAUUAGGUAAAAAUAUUGUGAAAUUCCAGUGAAUCUUAUACGAAAAAACGCCAACAUAUGUCUGCAAAUUUCAUUGCACAUCGCCGAUUUCUGUCAAAUGUUGAAAAAAGGAGAGCGAGACUGCAUAAAAGCUAGGAGCGCGCGAGCAGAACUUUGACAGACAAAGCGGCGACAACAAACGCAAAGCAUUCGACGCUAACGUCAACGCCGACGCCAACCGCACAAGCAGGUGUCGUUGGCAGUGCUUAAUGAUGUUUGCUAUAGAAGCACUAAUAUUUUCAUAUUGUAAACAAAUGCAUAAACGUCAUUGCACAAUAAAAUUUCAUAGUUCUCCUUAAUAAGUGUGGAAACUAAUUGGCCCCAUUUUUUGCAACUAAGCCAAUGUUGAGCAUAAGUUAAUGCAAUUUUAAUUUGAAUGUGACGCAAACGCCUGCAAUAUUUUAAUUACAAAUUGCUAAGAAAUUAAAUGCAAUUAGUAAUUUAUUUUAUGUAAAACAAAAGUUAGCAUGUUGUCGAAAUAUUUUAUUGUAUGAAGUGUAGUGGUUAAAUAUUUUUACAUAAAAUUUAUAUGCCAAUGGCAACGAGCUCAACUACGGCAGCUGCAUCGGGAACAGCUGCCACGGUUCCACCUUCGUCCAUAAGUACAUUGAGUGGUGGUGCUAACAGUGGAAGUGGGAGUGCCUCUUUGAUAAAUACAAACGCAGCGCAAUUUCGAGAAAUACACAAAAAUACAUGGCUUAAAAGAUUAACAGCUGAAGGCAAAAAAAUUACAGUAGGACCUAAAAAAUCUGAUCGUAGCUGGGUUGUCUUUUGCGUGCACGAUGACACCGACGCUCUCUUGGAGGGUUACGCAGAGCCUCGUCAGGCUGCUGCUCACAAUCCGGAGUGGAUCGUUUCGAUGCAGGACACUUUACACAUUUCGCAUGCGCUCAUUCCUAAUUCACAUGAGUUUGAAUUUGUCGUCACGCUUGCUAAUGAAGUGAUACGCUUCCAUGCAAUGUCAUGGGAAAUUAUGCAGGAAUGGGUUGAGACGUUGCGUUCUAAAUUACGUGAGAUGAAAAUUCUAUCGCCCCGUGAAAAUCUCUAUACAAAGUUACCUGAAAUACGUGCACCACUCUUACCAACUCGUGAUCCAACAUCACCACUGCCGGCACCACCACCCGUACCAGCUGCAAUAGUACCAGGCGUUGAACGCAUUGUACCGCCAAGCUUAGCUCAAGACAAUGCCACAAAUGAAACACGUUUAGAACGUACAAAUUCUACAAUAACAACAACAACAACUACAACUUCAACAAUAGCACAGUCUGUGCCAACAACUACAAGCAAUUCCAGCAACAAUAUCAUUAGCAGAGUCCAAGCGCCCACAACUACGGCAAACGUAAGCAAUAGCAGUACCAAUUACUCUGUGUCCACUGCAUCAACUUCCACACCUCAAGCAAUGGAAUUACCAGCUCUUACUGCCAUGUCGAAUACACUUACACAAAAUCUCCUGAAUUUGCUCUCCGAUCCUAUUAGUGCAUACAGUGAACAAAUAAAUGAUGCAAUGCUUAUGGACGAGCAUAACUUCGUUCAUGAUGCGAAUGAGACGGAUUUUGAAGAUGAGUUUCUUUCACCAAUUCUAAGGAAAUCACAGCAAAGGCAUGAAAAUGGCGCACCAACAUUUAGUUGUGACAACAGUGUACGUCUAGAUAUUGGUCAGCGUGUGUCAGCAGAUCAAAUCAAAAACUGGGAAAGUUUGGUGCAAGCAGAAAGCGUUACGUCGUCAAGAUUUCAAACUUCCCGUUCGUUGUCCGCCGGUGCAGCCGACAACUCCCGAAAAGAAGUCACAAAAUCCUCAAUAACUCACAACACAUCCGCCACGUCAAGCGAUGACAAUAUCACGGCGCUGGAGAUAAGCACAGAUCCACACGCCGAGACAUGGCAAAAUACUUCCAUUACCUCGACUAACAGUGAAUCAGUUGAACAGUUAGAUAUAGAUAAAAUGAAUAUCACCAUCAUACAAGUAUCGGCCAACGAUACCAAUGAACUGAAACAGCAGAACGAAACAAAAACCAGUGCAAAAGUGUCCAGUAAACGGGUUACAGGCGAAAUUUUCAAAUUCCCCGAAGCCGUACAGACCGAGUACAAAAGUAAUGUGCAAAUCAUUCCGUCCACAAAAUCAAAUAGUAGUACAAUUCAUGUACUUGGUACUAAAACAACUACUACUACAACAACAACAACAACCACUCCAAAAACGACACCCUAUGCAACACCAGUGAAGAAGUCGAACCACAACAACGCAACAGCAAGUACAACAACAAACUUGUCUGCCGAGGAUAUUAAAAUAACAACGGUACAUGUGAUUGGAAAUAACCCAGUAGUGGUAGCUAAAGCGCCAGAAGCACGCAACCACAUUGUGCCCAAUGCCGUUUCCCUCUAUGGCACCUGUUACACCACAGCACCGUCCAGUUCGACGGCGCUGCCAACUAAUGCGUCCAGCAUUGAUGGUACCCCAAAAAUGAUGAAGAAAAUUAUACUUUCAGCCAAUACUUCGGGCAUAACAAAUAUCACAGUGGAUAAUGCUAGUACGUCAAGCAGACAGGAGCGUUAUACCAGCGCGCCAGAAGCAGCUGUCAAACAUAAUGUUGGUUCGGUUCACUAUGAAAAGGUGUUUCUAUCGACCAGUGUUCCACCUGAGUUAGGUGUCACGGCAAACGCUGCACUCGUUAGUACUGUAAUGACCACGGCGCCACCACUAUCGCCCAUAUUAAUCAGUAGCUCCACGACGCAUGCGCGCGCUGAGGUCCCCUCUAGUUCGACUAGUAAAUCCGAUAAAGAAUGCAUUUCCAAGCCAUCUUCCCCCAUACCACACGCUGAUACACAUAAACAAAACAAGCCCACGCCAGCGGCCCGUACCAUUAGCCCAACAGUCGCGACGCAUGUUGAAAUGCCAUCGCUGCCGCCUAAAAACCGUCACAAAGCAAUGCAAUCGCCAUUGAUGACGCGAGCACAUCCGCCCAACGUCAGUCCAAUGCUGGAGCGUCGACGCAUUACAACAACUGCAAAUCUUUUAACGCGCACUACCACAUCAUCACCGCCGCCGCCAGCGUCACAUCAAGCGACACAAGCUGCGAUUUCAACAACUACAACAACAAAUACUCCAUUUCCCUUACCUAGCCGCAGUCAUAUGCUAACACGCGGACUUACCGAAGCUGUGAUAACGACUCGACCGAGUCGUCGUGAUUUUCAUUUACUUAAAGCGUCUGCGGGUAAGGGAAAACCAACAGCUGUUGUAGCAAAUAAGAGUGGUAGCGCGGUAACUUCCAACAACAACGGUGAUAAUGUGCCGGCGGCACAGCCAUCAACCAGCACUGCCAACAGUUCGAAUGCACCGCAACCCAAUCGUGGACGCAAUAGCGAAUUAAUGGAGCAACGUCGACGCAGUUCCUCUACAUCAGAUGCACGCACCGGUGCUGCACGUGGUGCCAACAACAAUGAGCUACCAGGCGGACGCAAUACAGCAUUGCGCUUUCAACAUCCGCCACAGCCAUUUCGAAAUGGCGAAAACGGAAUGGCCAAUGGAAGUGGAAAUGGGGGUGUAGCCGGCAGCAAUAUAGGUGUAUCUUCACCGCUGCCAUCGCCCAGUGGUGCUAAUAAUGCGUCGGCGAAUAAACGCAUGACAUUGCGGGAGCAUCAGGUCAUGCAGUUGCGGCGCGAAAUUAUGCAUCCCGGUGGUGUGCGUCUGCAGUUGCGACGCAAAGACUGCGUGGGCUCAAUUGCAUGGGUGGAUGCGUUUGGUGCUGUGUGGGUGGCUGGUUGGAAGCAAAAAGAACACCCGGUGCUAUACAAUGCACUCCACAUCGGCGAUCAAUUGCUCUCCAUUGCCGGCACAGCGAUAACUACAGCGAAUGAGGCCAACAAAAUAAUACGCAACACCAAUACGCUUUUUGUCGAGGUGCUCGUACGUCGCAUACCCUUUGGACGCGGCUACGCUGUGCGACGUGAGCGCGAAGGUCAGUGUUUGGGUCUAAUACGCGACGGCAACACAGCCACCAUUGUUGAUGUCGUGCCAAAUAGCUUAGCAGCACGCCAUGGACUGCCGCCUAAGGCACAAUCUUGUGAUGGCACAACACUUACAUUCUGGGUACUUACUGAAAUCAAUGGGCGUCCAUUGAAUCUAUUUUUUAAAGAAAAUGAGAUACGCGAUCGCCUAAAUUCCGUGGGUCGUGAUAUUUCCAUAUUGGUGCAACCGUCAGACUUAAUAACAAAACUUAAAAAACAAUUGAAAUCGCUACGUGGCUACAAGGAUUAUCUUGUGCAAUAGUGGAAACAACUACAACACAUUGCAAUUCAACACAUUACUAGUAUAAAAAGACACUUAAGUGUUUUCGAUUUCGAUUUCAUGCAUUCAUUUAUAGGAGCAGGAAUCACUUUCAAUUUGAACAAUGCAAACAUCUAUUACUAAUCGAACAAAACUUUUUUAAUGAUGCAUACAUAUAACUAGUAAAUAGAUUACAAAAAAAAAAAUACUAUAAAAUUUGAUACUAACAACACCCCAAUUUUGCUUCAAAAGUAAUUAGGGUAAGAAAUGAAAAGUCGGUUUGCAGGAACAUAAUCAAGCAAUCAUAUAGUGGAAUUGUAUGCCGUUCAUUAUUAUAGGAAAAAAAUUUUAAAAAGAAACAAAAAAAAAAUCGUUUAAAAAUUACAAAAAAAAGGAGAAAUAAGCAUUCCAUUUAUAAAAGACAAUUUUACGCAAAUUUGCCGAGUCAAUUUAGCCAUUAAGUAGCGUAUAAAAAGUGAUAAAGGACAACGUUCAUACAUACACACACACAUACAUACAUAUAACUAUAAUAAUAAAUAUCGCUGUAUGCAUGAACCAUAUAUAUAUACAAGUGCAUACACACACACAUGUAUUUUUGCAACUUUGUAAUCUCUUAUUAUUCCAAGUGCAUAAUAUUAUAUAAAAUAGGUUGAAAUUUAUUGUAUUUACAUAUAAGUAAAUUUUUUGCAAAAACUUAAAACUAUUUAGUAUUAUAUUGAAAUACAUACAUACAUACAUGUAUAUGCAAGUUAUGUACUGUAAAACAAAAACAACAAAAAACAUUUAGACAAAAAAAUUCACAUACGAGUAAAUUAGUUAUUUUAAAAAAUAAUUUACAAUUUCUAAUACCCAUUUGAAUACAUCUAAAAUUGUCAUGCAAUAUUAUAGUGCCUGUAAUUUUAGUUAAUCGCAUAUGGACAACGUGAUAAACAAUUUUUUUGUAAACUUGAUAACUUACAUAUAAACAACAUAAUCACAUAUUUUUUUCUUUUGUUUUUUUUUUUUUGUAUAAUUUUUAGUUUGGAUUUCAAUAAAAAAAGUAUAAUCAACAUGAUACAAAAAUGUAUUUAUUAUUACCAAAUCAGUAUUAUAAACAACUCAACAGCGUUGGCGUAAAAAUUUAAUUACGGAAUUUUUUUUAAUUAUUUGCUAUAUAAAAUCGUUGAUUAGGCUGCACAUACAGUAUUCUUUGCAGCUUCGUAUACAUUCUGUUUCCACACGCGGAAAUUCACCACAUUCGGAUCAAGUGUGGCGUAAAUGAAUAUUGGCAUAGAAUUGGUCAUCACCCAGAUAUUGCCUUCAUCAUCAAUC